UCAACAAAUUCAUAAAACACAAAACACAACAUAUUUAUCAUUUCCUCAAAACAAAACAAAAAAACCAUCAUGUGUCCUUCUGGCAGAACCCUCCGCCCACAACCUCCAACAACCGAUUUCCGGCCGGCAUUCGAAAUUCUUGACACCGAUUGCGAUGGCAAAAUAAGCCGAGACGAUCUCCGCUCAUUUUAUGCAACAAUAAGCGGAGGCGUCUCUGCUGAUGCAAUCGGUGCCAUGAUGUCUGUGGCUGACACAAACAUGGACGGAUUCGUGGAAUACGAGGAAUUCGAGCGGGUUGUUAGUGGAAACAAUGAAAAGAGACCGUUAGGUUGUGGUGCCAUGGAAGAUGUGUUCAAGGUUAUGGAUAGAGAUGGUGAUGGUAAACUUAGUCAUGAAGAUUUGAAGAAUUAUAUGAAUUGGGCUGGUUUUCAUGCUACCGAUGAAGAUAUAAAUGCUAUGAUUAAGUUUGGUGGUGGUGAUCAAAACGGUGGCGUUAGCUUUGAUGGUUUGAUUCGUAUAUUAGCUCUUGAUCAUUUUGUCCCUGUUUAUUGAUUCAUUGAUUAAAUUAAUUAAUGAUGAUACUCGACAAAAAAUGGUUUUGAUUUUGAUUGUUAUUGCCAAACUCUUGGGUUUUGGAAAAACCCCUUUUUGAUUUUAGAGAGGUGUAAUGUAUUUGUUGAGGGAUGAUGGAUGUGAAAUUGUUGAUGAAAUGUAUUAAUAUAUGAAUGAAUUUUGCUUAAUUGCCUCAAUCGUGAGAUGCAAUUUCA